CUGCAACCUCACCAGUAAUUGACCGCGAGCACUUCUCAUCAACAUUCUCCGCAGUUCGCAAAUGCGCCGCAAUGCGUGUCAGCUUCUCUUACAUGCGCCCGGACUUUGAGAAAUUCCCGCCUGACUGAUCGAGCCCUGCUUGCACUCCCGUGCAUCGACGCGUGCAGCUCGGCUGUUUGCCUCGCCGCUACUUUCCACGCCACCCUGGGAGCUCACCACAACCGUCUUACGAAAGGCACAGCUUGCCCCAGGAUGAAGUACACUGUGUAUGAUCGCUUAUUCAAGCGCGAGGUGGGCCACGAACGCAGGACGUACACGGAUAUUCGGGGACUCUACAGCGACAAGCACUGGGUCAAUGACCUGGACAUCGUGAACGAGCUGGAGGGUCACAAUGGAUGCGUCAACGCUCUGAGCUGGUCGAGAUCCGGCCGCCUCCUUGCCUCUGGCUCGGAUGAUCACCGCAUCAAUAUUCACUCCUACGACCCCGGUUCGGACACAGAGCAGUUCAGUCUGACCACAUCCAUCGUUACAGGUCAUCGGUCGAAUAUAUUCUCUGUGAAGUUUAUGCCCUACUCCAACGACCGCACGAUUGUUUCGUGCACAGAUGAUGUCCGCAUCUUUGACAUUGAGCACUCCGGACACUCGGCCUAUGGUUCAGGAAGUAGGCGAAGACGUGGUGGAACAAGGCCAAGCAUACACCACCUGCGUAAUGCCGUCACUCUCACUGGCGCGGAGACGAACGAGCGCGCCUUCCGCAGCCACAAUGACACAGUGAAGCGCAUUGUUACGGAGGAUAACCCUUUCUACUUCCUGACUUGCUCAAACGAUGGUGAUGUGCGGCAGUGGGACGUUAGACAGCCAUCGAAGACAUAUCCACCCGCGCAAGAUGGUCGAUUACCGUCAUGGGCGAGGGACCCAGAUGCUGCAAACGACGUCCCGCCGCCGCUGAUAUCGUACAGUCGCUAUGGCCUUGAUCUUAACACUGUCUCCUGCUCACCAUCACAGCCUCACUACAUAGCGCUUGGUGGCGCUCACCUGCACUGCUUCCUUCACGACCGUCGCAUGUUAGGAAGGGACAAAAAUCGUGAGCGAGGAUCCAGACUAUCGAGUCCAAGCAACUGGACGGACACCGACGAAGAGCUGCUUGGAAAAGCUACCCAAUGUGUCAAAAAGUUCGCGCCAAGUGGCAAGCAGCGUAUGAAGCGCAAUGAUGGUGGCCAUAUCACAGCGUGCAAGAUUAGCGACGCGCAUCCGAAUGAACUCAUCGUGAGCUGGUCACAAGACAACAUCUACAGCUUCGAUCUCCUGCGGACGCCGGACGUGCGUGAAGGUAUCGUUACAUCAAAGGUGGCGACUGGGGAUACUGCAGGUCGCGUCAAAGACAAGGAUAGGAAACGGAAGCGUCCGAAGUUGAGCACCCAAGAGAGCACGGAGCGAACCGGCUCAAGGCAACGAACCGGAAGCGCUGACGAAGACCUCGCCCUUCGAGUCAGGUACGGAAAUGGUCAAUCUGAGGAUAUCCGCAUCGGUGCUCCCACAAGCAACGGCAUGUCACAAGAGGAAUUGAACGAGCUGCGUGGCACUGAUCACUUUCGCAUUGCGAGAACCACUAUCAAAGUCAAGAAGCGAAUUUUCGACUUGGCUGAAUACGGUGAAGAUGGGCUGCAUCUUGCUUACACAUCGCUCCUAGGCAUGGCGCACUCGAUCCUGUCUGACAUAGAUAGCAUAUCCAGUUCUUGGGGUUAUCCGAUGGACCCAGAUCCAGUCGAUGUAGCAGUCCAAAACAAGCUUCGUGACGACCGCGCUGCAUCUCGACGUUUCGUUCAGGCAGCUGGGACACUCUCACGAGCAAUGGGCGGGCAGCUUCUGACAGGAUCUAGCUCGACGUCUGACGCUAUGAUCGCACAAUACUAUACCUCGAUACAGCAUGCACCUCGAGAACGAGAACUCCAACAACAUGAGCAAUUUGGCUACGACUUCCUCAAGGCCAUCUUACUAUGGCUUGAUAGCGGUCCAGGUGCAGUCAUUGAAGGCUUCUCCAGCCGUAGUGGAGGCGAUCGAAUGCCGAUACCGCAAGAUUCGGACAUGGAUGCCCUGGAGGAGGUACUUAUCCCGUACCUACUGGACCUGGCGAGCGAAGAUCCCAUUGUCAACGUCGACGUCUCCAAAUUUAUGACUGACGAUAUUCGGGUACUCUUCCCAACUGAGAUUGAUGCUGUUCGUGCCUUUGCACGGACAAUCCAGAUACCUUUCGGUGACUUGACUGGCGGUGAAGAGGAAGCCACUCAAUCUCGCAACGCAGCCAAGUUGAGGUGGGGUCAUCAGAUAGGGAGAGGAAUUCUGCUGAAUGCGGCGAGUAACAUCAAAUUCUCAUUCGUCGAUCGAGCGUUCGGUGGUCGAGGUAUCUCAGACGCUACGAUCAGGGCGGAGGAGAGGGCCCUGAGAGAGCAGCAGGAAGAUAUCGAUCCGGUGGAGGAUGAGAUUGAGCAACUGAGCGCAGAGAUUGCAAGGGCUGAUGCUAUCAGUGAGCUAGAGGCGGCAACUUCAGGGUCUGGGUCCAGCUCCAAUAUAAACGCAGAGCAAGUGUCCAUUGGAGUGGAAGAUCUGUUAGACGAAGAAGAGGAGGCAAGUGAGGAGAGCACAGAAGAAGAAGAUGACGACGAAGAGGAGGACAGCGAUGGUGAUAUGGAAGACGACGACGACGAGGAAGCGGAGUCGGACUCGGAAGACGAAGAAGGUCUGCGUCGUACACAAAGUGGACGCAUGCUUUGGAGAUCAGAUUUCGGCCGAAGGAGGUAUCAGAGGGCAAAUGUGGAGCGCGACAUACUAUGUGUGCCACAUAUGCGUGUGUACACGGGACACUGCAACGUAAAGACCGUGAAAGACGUCAACUUCUUCGGGCUGCAGGACGAGUAUGUCGUCAGUGGCAGUGAUUGCGGAAAUGUUUUUGUCUGGGACCGGAAGACAGCACAGCUUGUCAACAUCCUGGAGGGUGAUGGGGAGGUUGUUAACGUCGUUCAAGGGCAUCCGUAUGAGCCUACGCUGGCUGUUUCUGGCAUCGACCACACCAUCAAAAUCUUCUCACCUGAUAUUCGAGACCAGCACAAUGCUCGCAAGGGUGUCGGCGUUCAUUCUGCAGACACGACUGGAUUCUCAAGCAUCAACAUUGGACGUCGACGAAGGCCCAGUAGGCCAGAGCCUGUCGUUGAGCCUACUGAGGAUGAGGCCCUGAGCGUCAGCGACGGCGAAGUUGCGGCGGGUGGACUGAGGAGUCGCAAGCGCAUGCACCAAGCCUAUCAGAUCACCUCGAAAAACGACAUGGACAGCAAAGGAGGAAGGGACGACUAUUUCAUCUCACAAGCAGUAUUCGCACAGUUGGCACGGCACGUUGCUGCAGCCCAAGGCGGCGAAGGCGAACUGGGCGAAGGUGGAGAGGGACCGAUUGUCAUCUCUGAGGAUAACUGCAACGUCAUGUGAAGGGAGGGCUGCACGUAAAGCAUUCUUCAAGUGUCUACAACCGAAGGUCCGUCGACGCCAAUCAAU